AUGGAACCGCCGUCGUCGACAUUGCAACUUAUGGGUGAGCUUCGUGAAGAUAAGGAGGAGUUAGAGAUCACUUAUGGUGUUCAAAUCCCCGAAGAUGCCCUGUCUCUCGCUUGCAGCAUUGCCAUGAGAUACUCUGAUGUUUUAUUGGCAGCCACCAAAGAUGUGAAUUAUAAGACUGAGAAGUCAUUACCGGGACAGCUGGCAGUUCACCUCUUAGCUAAAGCAUGUUUUGAACUCAUUAAUGAUUUUGACAUGGGUGUAGAGAAUUGUUUCGACGUGUACUCACUCAUCCGCGCACAUAUUGAGUUGAAUGAAUGUAAGAAAGAAAAGGCUCCUACCAGCCAAUGCUGGAUCGACUAUGUAACAGAUGAGUACAAAGAUCUUAAGGAAAAGUGGCAUACACUCGAGGGGAAAUGGAAGCUAGUCUUGCAGUCCAGGCGGAGAUCAGAAAGAAGAACUCAAGAAGUAGAGGCACUGAAGCAUGUGCGCGUAAAUCUUCUUUCUUAUUUGCAGCAACCGGAAGUGGUGAAACCAACAGACCUUAUGCAGCUUUUUUCCCUUGUACAUGUGCUUGGCAAAGAUCAAAAUGAGCUGUUAACUAUUUACCCUUUUAUGAUAGCCAAGGUAGCGUGGUCCUUGACUGGUAUUCCAAAAUCAUGGUUACUUCAUUCUACGGAACCACUAUUUCUCCCAGAUAUUGGCCCCACAUUUGCGAAGAGGGUUGUGGGGCAAGAGCUUCCUAAACUUGCUGUCACCGGUGCCUUGACAGAGCUUGGACCUGGGGCGCACCCAAUUGCUUCGUUUCUAUUUCUUUGCCGGCCUGGUUGUGGCAGAACAGAGCUUGCUAAAGCUAUAGCUGAGCUAUUUUUUGAUGAAAAGGACAGGUUGACUGAACUCAACAUGGUAAAAUAUAAGUGUGCAGAUCAUGUAUCGGAUGAAGAUGAAUAUGACUUCCCACGGUAUGAACCGAAGUCAGAAUUUAGGGAGCAUCUCCUAGAAGCCGUGAAGAAGAGUCCUUUUGGUGUUGUCUUGCUUGAUAACAUUGAAGUUGCUCGUCCAUCUGAUGUAGACAUUUUGGUUGAAAUUUUAACCCAUGGAAGACUGAGCGAUGGGAAAGGACACUAUGUUGAUUUCACUAAGAUAGUGAUUAUUCUGACAUCAAAUGUUGUGCAAGAUCCAUUUAUGUUGCGCUGUUGCAAAUGUACUGUGAUGGUUGAAAACUGUUUUUUUAAAGACCUGGAUGAAGAUUCACCAAAUGGUGUUUGCCGUCACCUUUUGAUUCUACGAAAGGCAAGAAAGCAUUUUAGGACUGAUUUAUUUGAAACUCUGAAUGAUGUCAUUGCAUUCGAGCCCCUUUCACUUCUGCACUACAGAUGUGUUACGAGGUUGUUAUUGAGGGACAUCGCAUGCUCCAUUACAGAAAAGCGCCUCAUCAUAUGCCCAUCUGAAGCUGCAGUUAGAGCUAUAUUACUUGAUUCGGAUUUUACCCGUGAUGGCACAAAAAGUAUAAAGAGCUAUCUUCAGACCAAUGUAGAAGCUAUGCUAAAGGAUCGCCUUAAUGAGAUUGAUGGCCCGUGUGUUUUCUAUAUGGAUGCCUCCGUGGGGACAGAGGAGUUGUCUUAUUUUAGAUUUGAGAAGAUGAGUGCAUUAGAUUAUGAUCAGGAAUUAAGGGACUUCGUAAACUCUUCAAGUGAAUUAAGAUCAACAUACAAGAAAGAGAAGGUCUGGCUGCAGAAAGUUUCCAUGUUGAAACGAAGUUUUCCUGAAUUUCUGGCUAAUCAAAAGGCGGUGAAGGAUCCGGCCAAAGUUUCUAAGGUUCUGCAUAUAAUAGAUAGUCUAUUAGAAAAUGCAACUCAUGAAAAUGCCACAGUGAAUGCAUUUGGCUCCUUGGAGAAAUCUGUUGAACCUCGGGAUGAUCAAUUGGGGAGAUCUAAGAAGAUGGCUAAGAAUGGUAUCAAUGGUCUGCGGGCAUCUUUGUCCAAUCUGAUGGUAAAGGACGAAUUCAUUGGUACAGUAGCUGCCGCCUUGCUCAUGUCUAUUGAUUCUCCACCACAGGGUCUCCCAUGUAGACCUGCCAAGACAUUUUUACUGUUGGGUCUUACGGAAGUUGGUAAGGCAGAUCUUGUUAAAGGUUUAAUGGAGCAUUUUGUGAGUGAUGAUGGGAUGAGCCUACUGUUUCAAAUUGAUAUGUCCAAGCAUGAUGACACAGAGACAUGUUUCUCAAGCAUGUACACUAGCAAUGGGCAAGCGGUGAAGAUAGUGCCUUUUGGUAUUUUCCUUAUUGAUCGAGUUGAAGAUGCCCUUCCCUCCGAGUUCAAUGCUCUAAUACAACUGCUUGACUGCUGUACAAUGAGUGACGAGCAUGGACGCAAGGUUAUUUUUAGUUGCUGCAUUGUCAUGGUUGCUUCAAGCGCUGGGAACAAGGACUUCAUUGAAAAACUUGUCCUCAGGAAAUAUAGUGCCAGAUUUAAUGGGAAUGUCCUUGGACAGGAACUAAAAACAUUUAGGUUCGAAUUGCUGAAUCGAAUGGAUGAGAUGGUACUAUUCAGUUCGUUAUUUGGUGAUCAACUUGGAAAAUUCCUAAGGCUGUCAAUGGAUGGUGGAGGUGAUCUUCAUGAGAAUCCUGUAAAGGAGGCUCUUGCAUUUGAACUUGCUUUUCAGGAUUUGUUUCUGCCUGCUAAAUCUCUAUCUGAUCCACCCAGUCCACAGAACCAAGCAGAUUCUAUGUUCUAUCUUUUAAAAUGGCGUGUCAUCAGAGAUGGACUUGAAGUUAUGGACAAGAGUACCUUUUAUCGCCACUUCUUGAAUGGUUCAUCAGGGAAUAUGAAUGAGUCGGAUACAGGACCAGUAUUUCAAUUGUCACUAUAGCUUUGUCGGUAGUAGAACUUGUAUUUUGCACAGGAACUACUAAGAUUGCAAGGCAUGUAAGAGAAUUUCAAAGUUAUACUAGGUUAGAUUCAA